CCAACGCGCGCGGGGCGAUGACGUCACCCCGCACACUCUCCACCCCUUGCCGAUCCGAAGAGUGGGGUGGGGGGAGAGAGAAGCGAGAGGGGUCAGAGGUCACGCCUUCUCUGCCGGAGCCCAUGAUCCCCAUAUGCCCGCUUGUGUCUGUCACUUACGUGUCUGGCCGGCUCGGGGAAGAGGCGAAAAUGGCGGCCAGCAAUUACUUCGGCUUCACCCACGGCGCCCCGCAGUACAGCCAGCAGCCGACGGCCGUGGCCUAUUCCCACCCGUCCACGGCCGUUAGCUACACCAUGCCGCAGGCGCCCACCGUCUACGCCCCGGCCGCUGCCGCCGCCGCCACCCCGGCCGCCGCGGCGGCCGCGGCGGUAGCCGCGGCCGCCGCUCGCGCCGCCCCCACUGUGGCGGCGUCGCCGGCGUACGGCGCCUACGCCGCCGCCGCCGCUGCCGCCGCCGCAGCAAGCCACGGCGCCGACUACGGGUACGCGCAGCGCCAGCAGGAAGCUCCGCCGCCCCCGCCGCCGCCCACCACCACGCAGAACUACCAGGAGACCUACACCUACGUGCGCUCAUCGGCUGGGGUCGUCGGCUAUGAUAAGCAAUACUACCCACAGCCGGCCGUGUCUCAGCCACAGCACACCGGUGCCGAGACGUACUAUCAGAGCGUGAUCCCGCCGAUAACGUCGAGCCUGUCCGUGUCGGCGGCGCAGAAGGUCGGCUUCAGCCAGGCGACGCCGCAGUUCACCCAGACGCAGCAGCCGCGCCAGGUGACGGCCAUCAAGCAGGCGACGCCGAGCACGGCGACGAGCACCUACACCGUGUACCCCGUGAGCUCCGCCGUGCAGCCCGUGGUGGCGGCAGCGCCCGCCGUGGUGCCCUCGUACACGCAGAGCACCAGCUACAGCACCACGCCCGUCACCUACACGGGCGGCGCGUACUCGGGCUACGAGGCCGCGGUGUACUCGGCCGCCACCUCCUACUACCAGCAGCAGCAGCAGCAACAGCAGCAGCAGCAGAAGCACGUGUCCCCCUGGGGGGCCAGCACCUUCACCAAGAGGCCGGCGUUCCAGGGCAAGCCGCCGCGGCCCAAGCUCUCGCCCAAGCAGCCGCAGCUGCACUACUGCGACGUCUGCAAGAUCAGCUGUGCCGGGCCGCAGACUUACCGCGAGCACCUGGAAGGGCAGAAGCACAAGAAGAAGGAGGCGGCCGCCAAGGCGGGCACGGCGACCACCACGACGGCGGGCCGCGCCACCCAGCAUCAGCUGCGCUGCGAGCUGUGCGACGUCACGUGCACCGGAGCCGACGCCUACGCAGCGCACAUCCGCGGUGCCAAGCACCAGAAGGUCGUGAAGCUGCACACUAAGCUCGGCAUACCCAUCCCGGAGCCCGCUCAGGACAGCCAGCCCGCCGCCGCCGCCGCCACCGCCACGGCGGGGGCAAAGGCGGCCUCCGCAACGGCCAGCAGUGCCGCGGCCGCGACGGUGGCGGCUAAGGGAACGCCGGCGUCCACGCCGGCCGCGGUCACCGCCGCUGUCGGCGCCGCCGCCGCCGCCGCCGCUGCGACUGUCGCGUCGCCAGCAGCUAAAGUGUUGCCCAAGAAAGUGGCGACCCCCAAGAUCACGUUUGUCGGUGGCAGCAAACUGCAGACGACGGGCGGCAAGAUGGAGGAGGUGAAGGUGGCGGAGGUGAAGGCGGCGGAGCAGCCCAUCGUGUGCCAGGGCGAGGAGGCCGUCGAGUCGUCACCCGUGCAGGACGUGCUGCCCGUGGGAUAUGACUACGUGGAGGAGGUCUGCAAUGACGACGGGCGAGUAAUCCGAUUCUACUGCAAGCUGUGCGAGUGCAGCUUCAAUGACCCCAACGCCAAGGAGAUGCACCUCAAGGGGCGCCGCCACCGCCUGCAGUACAAGAAAAAAGUGAACCCGGAGCUGCAGGUGGAGGUGAAGCCGAGCAUCCGCGCCCGCAAGUUCCAGGAGGAGCGCGUGCGCCUCUCCAUGCAGAAGGAGGAGUACUGGCGGCGGCGUGAGGAGGACGAACGCUGGCGCCAAGAGAUGAGGCGCUACGAGGAGGAGUUGUACUGGCGCCGCGUGGAGGAGGAGGGACCGUACUGGGAGGAGCGCUGGCGCUUCGACGGAUUCCCGCCAGGACCCAUGCACCGCCUGGGUCCCCCCAUGGCCCCCCCGGCUCCCAUGGCGAUGCGCCGCCCGGACUCCCUGGAGGACCGCCAGGUGAUGGGGAAGCACACGCUCAUCUACCCGACGGAGGCCGAACUCUCGGCCGUGCAGAACAUCGUCUCCCACGUGGAGCGCGCCCUCAAGCUCGUCUCCGUCCUCUACAGCCUCCCGACCGCCACCGCCGCCACCGCCACGGCCGCUUCCACCGGGCAGGAGAGCGCCGCGCCGCCGCCGGCCGACAAGUCGGAUCCUCCGCCGCAGCGGCUGCUGAAGGGCGUGAUGCGCGUGGGGCUGCUGGCCAAGGGGCUGCUCCUGCGCGGAGACCUCAGCGUGGAGCUGGUGCUGCUGUCCGUGCAGAAGCCGACAAAGUCGCUGCUGCUGCGCGUCGCCGACGCGCUGCCGGCGCAGCUCGCCUUGGUGACGGAUAAGAAAUACGAGGUGACAAAGAAGGUGGACGAGGCGGCGGUGUUCAUCAGGGCGGUGGGCGAGCCCAAGACCGAGGUGAUAGUCCACCUCACGUCCCCGGACAUGCGGGAGCUGCUGUCGGACACGCGGGACAAGGACGCAGAUGUAACCACCGGCACGGCGAAAGACCCCCCGGACGUCUUGGACAGGCAAAAGUGCCUUGACGCUCUGGCAGCCCUUCGCCACGCUAAGUGGUUCCAGGCUAGGGCCACGGGCCUGCAGUCGUGCGUCGUCGUCAUGCGCGUCCUGCGCGACCUCUGCCGCCGCGUGCCCACAUGGGGGAGCCUGCCCAGCUGGGCCAUGGAGCUUCUGAUUGAGAAGGCCAUCAGCAGCAGCGCGGGGCCGCUGAGCCCCGGAGAGGCCCUGCGCAGGGUCCUGGAGUGUCUCGCCUCUGGGAUUCUGUUCCCCAACGGCCCGGGCCUGUACGACCCGUGUGAGAAGGCCCCCACGGACGCGCUGGCACUCAUGACCAUGCAGCAGAGGGAGGACGUCACCGCCAGCGCUCAGCACGCCCUGCGCCUCAUGACGUUCCGCCAGGUGUACAAGCUGCUGGGCAUGGACACGCCGCCGCUCAGGACGCAGGCGCGGAGCCACAACCGCAAGCGGCGCUGCGACGGAGGAGAGGAGGGUGACGGCGACGGCAAGAAGGACAAGAAGGAGGCCUAGGGCAUGGGUGGGCGAUGGGGCGGUGGUCACCCUGCUGCCCACCCGGCACACUCCACACGCUCUGCCCGCGCCGCCCAGUCCCUGCCCUCGUCCCCCCGCUCCCCGUUUCUCUCGCUCAGUUCGACCCCCGUCCUUCCCGACUGCCAUUAAUGGCGUCGGCAAAUGUCGCUCGCACGGCUCGCUCGGCUCGCUCACUGUGCGCCGGGGUGGACGACCACGGGUGAGGAGGAGGAGGAGUGAACGGAGUGGUGAUAUUUUAUUUUUUAAGGCCGCAGCGGCAGCAGGAGGAUGACGGUCAUACGAAGGUUUUUUGCCGGCAUUCCUCUCUGGCUGCUGUGCCGGUGAGUCGCUCAUUAUUUACAGUUUCAAAAUUGGCUUGGGAAGUCUCGUUUCAGGCAGCGGGCCGCGUCUUAACGGGCCUUGGCAUCUGCCGAUGAGACCCAGAAGUUCAAAACCGGUCCAUGGCUUGCCUGCUUGAAAGGUGCCGCUGGAAAGCAUCGGUUCCGGAAGGCCGGAUGGGCCGACGUAAAAAAAACAAUGCGGAGGAGAAUGGACUUCCCGUGUGGCUGCGCUGGAUUAGUUACCCGGUUAAUUAAGCCUGCGGUCGUCCGCAUGUAGCCGCGGUUGCAGAGCGUACGGCACGAGGGCAGCAGCAGCAGCAGCCCUUGCCGUCCGUCCGUAGCUCCGCGCGCUUCUGGUCUUGGCGACGGAGAUCACAAAUAAAAGGCGUGGGCCCUGGUGACGAGCCACAAUCGGGGGAGGGGACCGCGUGGUCGUGUGUGUGUGUCCCCCCCCCCCCCCCGAUUGCACCACCCCAACCACCCCCCUCCCCCCCCCCCCCAUACACCAACGGCGAAAUCGCGGGGAUUGCCGUGUCCGGCGCUGCGUCUGCCCGGGCGCCGAGUUCCGGAGCGAAGUCCGUUGGUUCGAGCCGGACGCCUCGGUAGGGCGGUGUCACGCUCCCCUGCGUCGCUCUGCGACGAUGCGUUCGCGCGGAGCGGAUGCGGUCGUGGUGCGGAGCGCUCCCGCGUGCUCGCUUUCACCGCGACGGUGCCCCCCACCCCCUGCCGUGCGCCCGCCGCCGCCGCCGCCGCCGCCCUCCGUGGUGGCGCGAGUUGGCGUCACACCGUAACCGGUUCACCCGCCGACUUCGGCAGCAUCCACACUCGGAUAUCGGCCGGACUUUUCAUUCUAGCUGUACUCGCGCACACACGCGCAUACACGCGCGCUCGCUCGCACGCUAAGAAUGGUAAUGUAUAAUAAAUAAAUAACCACGUAAGUUAGUGGAAGCAAAAAAAAAACCCCUCGAUGUCUAGAUGUUUUAAAGAGAUUCUGUAGGACGGUGAGUUUCGGCUCGAGUGAAUCUGUGUUACAUUUUGUUUCUCAUUUUAGUUUGUGGCUUCCUGCCGUGAGACCGGCGAUUAGCUGCUUCAGCAGCGCUGCUGCGUAGAGGAGGAGGGGGGGGGGAGGAGGGGGUGGCUCCUGCCACCGUAGAGGAGACCCCCAGCAGUGCGUUAGGGGGUGGAGCGUGACGCAGGGCGGCCCCCCGCCAACCCACCGCCCCCCCCGGUUUCCUUCGGCCGACAAACUCGCAGUGAACUCAUCACGUCGCGCCCACCUCUACCAACAUUUUUGUUGCGGGUCGGAUCUCAAGGUGGGAGCUUGCCGAUAUGGCCCUGCCAGUUGCACUCCAAGCGUCGGGACAGUUGAGCGUUUGUUCGACAAGUUCUGAAUUGGGUUGUUAAUUAUUCAUUGUUAAUUUGAACGAAGAAAACCCCCUAAAACCUAACACGAAUCUUUUGCCUAAAUUCAAUCCUGCUUGUUGAUCCAGUCCAGGUUGUGUUUUUGAUGCUGCUGCGGCUGCUGCUGCGGUUGCGGCUGUUACUGCGGCUGCUGUAGCUGCGGCUGUUGCGGCUGUUACUUUGGCUGCGGCUGCUGUGGCUGCUGUGUCUGCUGUGGCUGCGGCUGUUACUGCGACUCCUGUUACUGUGGCUGUUGCGGCUGUUACUGUGGCUGCGGCUGCUGUGGGCUGCGGCUGUUACUGCGACUGCUGUU